GCCACAUGGCAACGAAUUCAGAAUCUCAUUGUUCUUCGUGGAUUUACUUAACAAUUCUUUUUCAACCCUACUUCUGCCUUUAUACAAAUCCUCUGCCCUUGGUUCAGUGUACGUCUACGUCAAAAUGUCGGAUCAACGAGUCAUUGUUGUUAUCGGUGCCACUUCAAAUCAAGGGGACGGCGUCGUUUCUGCCUUGAUUGGGGAUCCCAAGGCCCAGUGGAUCGUUCGCGGUGUUACUCGAGACACGUCCUCACCCUGGGCAAAGGAAUUCAUGUCCAAAUACGAAGCUGCCAAGGACCGCGUGAGCCUUAUAUCUGGAGAUGUUUACAGUGCUGAAAGUAUGCGAGCCGCACUUUCUGGUGCUUAUGGCGUGUUCCUGAAUACCAACCAGACGGUCCACGGCAAAACUCUGGUUCAGCCCGAGGAGCUGCGGCAGGAGGUAGAACAAGGGAGAAUUAUUGUUGACGCCGCGAAGCACUGUGGUGUAAAGCAUUUCGUCUUCAGCAGCCUCCCCGAUAUGGUCAAGGCCACUGGUGGCCGUUUCACGGAUAUCUAUCACAUGGACCUGAAAUACGAGAUCGAGCAAUAUGCCAGGAGUCAACUUGAUUGUGUGACUGCGGUCAUUCCGGGACUCUUCUAUUCUAACCAUGUGUGGUCUCAUUAUUGUCGGCUUCGAGGCGAUGGUGUUGUCCGGUUUUGCGCCCCCAUCCCGGGACCCCGGAAGAUGCAAUGGACGGAUCCUGCCUAUGAUGUAGGCGUAUUCACUAAUAGGAUCUUCGAUCUGGGAGUGGAAAAGACAGCGGGAAAGGUGUACCCAGCCAUAAGCCCAAUGAUCAGCAUGGAUGAAAUUGCUGCCAUCUUCACCCGAGUUACUGGGCGAAAGGCAGUCCAUGACCCACUUACCAGUGCCGAAUGGGCAGAAUUCACAAUCCCUAUGCUUGGCCCAGCAUUUCGAGACGACAUCAAGCACAUGAUGGACUGGUUUUCUAUGGCUCCUACGGAUAAAAUAUGCUAUGGAGCUCUAGAUCCUGAGGAGGACACCUCGGCCGAGGAACUGGGCGUCACUGCCAGCACCUUUGAGGAUUGGAUCAAGCGGACAGGGUGGACCGGACCAACCGAAGUCUACGAAGGCUGAUUGGUCAACCUGGGGGAUGGGGAGACAAGAUCCCUGGAGUUCGAUAACUCGUCCUCGAACUAUGAAGUCUUGGUUAGCAUGUACUUCUGCAAUAUGAUUGUUCUCGGUGUUGCAGGUUUUAUACAGAUUGUCGCGAGUCAUUCGCCGGCAACACAAACGACGGCGAGUAGUGACGAGAAUCACGAGAUAUUAGGGCCCUGGGCCGAGCUUGGUCUAGUGCCAGGUCGCGAGCGGAACCAGGGCUGCAGCUUACCAGGGACCUAUUACUUGAUUAGGAGUAGCUCUUCAUCGGCGGCUUUACUAAUCAAGAGUUGAACUUACCAUAGCCAUUUCUGUGUCUUCAUUUCCUCUUAACACACGUAAUCAUGAUAAGUCAAGACAAUUUUUAUUCUCUGAAUGGUUUCUUGGAAGCGCCAUGAAUAC